AUGACUUCUUUGCAGAAAACUGAUAAUAUUAUCCAAAACCAGUUUCAAAGAGUUAUUUCUGUGGUAGAUGAUGCGUUUAUAGAGGUUAACCUUACAUGUUCAUCAAUGUCUGACGUUACAUAUGCAGAUCUAAACUUUCCGUACUCUAGUAACUCGGAAAAGAUUAAGGAUUUUGACAAUUUGAAGAAAAAAGAACCCUCUACUCCAUCCUGGAUAUGCCAUCGAACAGCCUUGGCCCUGAUUUUUCUAUGCCUUCUACUGUUGAUUGGACUGGGAACCUUAGGUACCAUAUUUUAUAGAACCUUGAAGAUAGAAACUGGAAAAUUAAAUAAACUUAAAAGUCUAAAUGAAGAACUUCAGAGAAAUAUUUCUCUCCAACUAAUGGGCAACAGGAAUAUUUCCAAUGAGAACACGAUCCUCUCCAACACACUGCAAAACAUAACCACUGAACUAUGUCGUGAGAUUUUAAAAAACCAAAAAGAGCAUAAGUGUAAACCUUGUCCAGAGAAAUGGAAGUGGCAUGAGGACAGCUGUUAUGGCUUAUCUGAUGAAGCUCAAACUUGGCAAAACAGUGAAAGGAUGUGUUCUACUCACAAUGCAAGCCUAUUGAAGAUAAAAUCUGAGAGUGUCUUUAAAUUUAUUAAAUCCUUAGACUUAAGGAAAAUGUACUGGGUGCGGUUAUCUCCUCAAAAAGACAUAUCUUUAAGCCAUAAAUUUGAUGAGAGCAUUAUCUCCAAAGACUGGUUUAUAGGAAACAUGGACCACUUAUAUGAUAUGAUGUAUUGUAGAUACAUAGAUAAUGUAUAUGUAUCAUAUAAGAACUGUAAUACAAAAAUGAACUUUAUAUGUGAAAAAUUGGCCAAUGCAGUGAAGAUUGAAAGGACACAAACAUUUCAGAGGGAAGAUGGCAGUGGGAACCUUUCUGGUUCUCAGGUCCUUUCCCUCCAGCCAGGACCUACCUGCUGCAUACUGGAACUGGGCCCAGGAUGGGAUUAUGAUGAUGAUGUGGAUUUUGACAAAAGCAAAUACCUGGUUACUUGCCUGUUAGAAAAGAUAAGGAGAUGUGUGUCUACAGCAGUUAGUUAUGACAAGGUUAAAGAUAUUAGUCAGGGGAUAGAGGAAGAUCUCCCAACCUUCUUGAGCAAGCUGACUAAGGCAUUCCAAAACUAUACAAAUGUGGACCUAGAUUUGGCUACAAGAAGGGCACUCCUGAUUGGAUCACAUAACUCAGUCGUGGCAGACAUAUAUCAUCCUCACAUUAGCCACUUCUGUGAGAUUCAGUGUGAUAUUCACAAUAACCAGGUACUUGAGUGGCGCUUUUCUUGUUUGAUAAUGCCUGAAGAAGUGACUUACGCUACUCUCAAAUUUCCAAAUUCAUCUAAGAAUACAUCUCAGGAGCGCUGCAAUCUAAAGAGAACAGAUCCUCAAGAAAAGCAAGAGUUGGAGCUGAGUGGUGGAGUUGAAACUGGAACAGCGAAAACUAAGAAUACAACUGCGGUGUCAGACAGCGAAGCGGGGAGAGGACAAAGAGAUCCAUCACGUGUUUGGUGCCACGUUGCUUAUGUUUCACUAAUGUUGCACUUGGUAGUGCUGGCUGUACUGGGAACCCUGGGGUCAAUGUAUUACCAUAAAUUCAUUCCAUGUGGUAACAGAACUACAUCUGAAUGUCCACAAAGUAUAAUGGAACAACUGAAGAAAAAUCUGACAUUAUGUAUGGAGAUGAAAAACAAUAUAUCAAGAGAGCAUACCAUUUUCAAAAGUAAAUCAGAAACAAAAAUAACAGAAUUGAAAAAUUUACUCUCCAAGUACUGUGAAAACUCAAAACAGAACUGGAAAGAUUCUGGAGGAUUGCCUUAG